CUAGAAUGUCUGAAAAUUGUCAUGGGGAGUUACCUACGCCUCUCAUAUAUCUCUUAUCCUCACUUUAUUUCUUCACGAAUUAAUUUAGACCGUUAGUCCGUGGGUUAUGCUCGUUUGUGUCCAGCGACUGUAAAACAGCUAACUGUCGAUACACAAGCAUUAUAAUUUUACGAGAAAUAGAAAAUAUGGACCAGCUAUGUAUGUUAGAACCUGAUAGAACUCUCAAUCAGCAAUUAGAAAAGCUAGACAGUAGCGAGUUUAUGGCUGUUGAUGGAUCCAGCGCUGAAGAAAUCGAUCGUAUGAUGAGCGAUUCAGUGAUACCAGGGAGGCAGACAUCGUCUGAGGAAGAUCGCAACAGUCGCACUCUUUUUGUUGGAAAUAUUGGUUACAGAGAAACGUGGAAAGAUGUGAAAGACUUUUUCUCAAAGUUUGGGAAAGUUUCCUACGUGCAUAUAGUUCAUGAUCAUAUCAAGAGGAAAUCCAAAGGGAUUGGAUUUGUCGAGUUUGACAGUGUAGAAGGUGCCUCUACAUGUUUAGAAGCAGACCACAGUGAGCUGUUGUUGCAUGACAGAAUACUGCGAGUGAAUUAUUCAUCGGAUCGAAAACAGAAGAAAGCCAAUUCAUUCUUCACUAGGAAUGUUGGAGAUCUUUGUGAGAAUCCUAGUACACAGUCUACAGACCAAAUAAGAGAGCAUGAAAGCUGCUACACAGACAUGUUACUGGAUGAAUUGUGGAAAAAGAUAUUUUCUUACCUCAGUGUAAGGGAAGUCAUCCGUUUGGAACGAGUGUGUAAAAGAUUUCAAGAUUUGGCUUUGCAGUUUUGGCGAACAAAGACUUAUUUCAACUCUUUUGGAAUUUUUAGCUUUCAGUCUCCUAUGACAGACAAAAUCCUGAAGUCUUUGCUGGCACGAUGUGGAGAUCUAUGCACACUUGAUAUUUCUUCAAGCUCUAGUCUCUUAACUGACAGUGCAUUGGAUGUGAUUGGUCAACAUUGCUCGGCAUUGAAAGAUUUGAACAUAUCUCGUUUGCGAGUUUCCAAUAAAGCCAUGCAGAGAUUUUCCUCUAAAGUGCCACAUCUCAAAGUGAUUAGGCUUCGGGAAUGCAACCGUCUUUCAGAAAAAGGAUUGUGGUAUUUAUUUCACAACUGCAAGCUGCUGGAACACUUUGACAUUGCAGGACACCUUGGCAUUACAGGGAAGUGUUUCCACAUGGUUGGGAAUAACCUUCAAGUGGUGGUACUUAACGACUGUCUCCAUCUGACAGACUAUGGAGUUGUGGAGCUCAGCCGUCUGUGUCCCAAAAUUGAGGUGCUGCAGAUUCAGUCAUGCGUGCAGCUGAGCAACGAAGCCAUUUCAGCUGUAGCAAAUGGAAUGCCCAGUCUUCGUGUUUUACAAGUUGGAGGGAGGUUUCCUAAAAUUACAGAGACUGUAUGGGAAGACUUAGGAAAUUUACACAAUCUGGAAGAGCUACAAAUGGACUUCAAUGACCUUUUGACAAAUGUGGCAUUAAUGGCCAUAAUUAAAGGAUGUCCAAAACUAAAAAACUUGAAUAUUAGUGGAAGUCGUCGUGAUAUUGAUGAUACAAGCACUGAACACUUGGCCGAUCUUGAGCAUCUGACUAUCCUGGAUAUUGGAUAUCAUGACAAGAUUACGGACCAGACUCUCUACAAGUUGGCUUUAAAGGGUAAACUAGAAAAACUGGUUGUGCGGGCUUGCACUGGAAUAACAGAUAAAGGUGUUGCUUUUGCUCUUGAGCAUUUAUUAAAGCUGACUUACAUGGACCUCAGUGGCAACUUGCAAGUGUCAGCCAGAGGGCUAGCUCAUUUGGCAGAUUGUGAUCGACAAUGCGUAGAGCUAUAUGUUGGAGGCACAAGCAUUGAGCUGGACAACAUCCAACUAGCCGCUUGGUUAACCAUUCAGACGAUAAAUCUGUCCAAUGAUCGUCUACAUCCAAGUGAAGUAAUAUGGCUUCCUGAGGUGGAUGAAGAGCUGCAGGACAGGCCUGAAUUUGACUAUGGUGAGGGAGACUUUGAUGAUUAUGAUGACUUCUUGGAAACAGACGAUGCUUUGAACAUGGAGCGUUGGGAUCGGUCAUAAGAAAACAUAGUUGGAGGAAAAAAAGACAUCUACCUGGCCACGUACUCCAGCCUUCACCACAGCAGCAAUUGCAGAGCCAACCAAAUCAUUACCCAGGUUGUAGUCAUCACUUGUCUUAGGAUCAUCGGGCUGAAAGAAUGGACAUACAUUUUUACAUCUCAAUGAAGAUGAAAGACCAACCUGUACAGUUUGCAUUUUUUUCACCUAUCAGCAGAAAUAGGCAAUAUAAAACUAACCUGUAAAUUUCAGCCUUCAAAACCCAUUUGUUAAUUAUCUGGUAUGAUUCGCACCUGUGAUCAAUAAGCGCUGACAACAGGGUACUACAUCACGUUGGUACACCAUUAAUAAGGUGGCCUGCAGUCAACACCAAGCAGAGAGAGAGAAUGAGCAACAGUUCAAAUCAUUCCGACGCUGACAGUCUGCAUUUCUUUUAACGUCCAAGUAGUCCAAACGGUCGCUCAUUCUCUCUCUCUCUUUGGUGUUGACUGCUGGCAACUUUGGGAAUGGUACACUGGCAUGAUGUAGUACACCAUUAGUGGUGCUCAUUGAUCGCAGGUGCGAAUUGCAUAGUUUGCUUUCGGAUAAUUAAUGGAUAGGUUUUGCAAGCUGAAAUUUACAAGUUAGGUUUAUAUCGCCUAUAUCUACCAAUAUCUGCAAAAACACAAACCAUUCAGGUUGGUCUUCUAGAUGUUGCCACAUUAGAAGUUGACAGCAUACUCACUCUGAAGUAGAGGAAUAUCAUCUGUUGUUUAUUUCUGAAGAAAAUUAAAGACUUUCAGUUUGAUUUGCCUAAUGCAUAACUUCAAGCCCAGGAGAACUGCUGUGAAUUCUAUCGUUUCUUAUGAUUUGGAAGUUACUGGGUUUUUUUCUUCCUGUUAUUGAUUUGUUUUCUUCUUUUUUUUUCAACUUUGAGCUUUUUCAUUUUACAAAUGUCAUUAUUGCUAGUUAUGUUAGAGCUUUGUUAAAGAAAAAUAUAGUAAUUUUCAUUCCUAUGCAUUCUUCCUGUAUUCUGGCAGCUAGCAUUCCUGUCAGUUUUCCACCAUAUGACAGUAUAUUAAUUGUAUAUGGUUGGUAUUUGGAUCUCAAAAUUUUUAUUUAAGAUGGGUAUGCAAAAUAUACCAGUCAAAAUUUA